ACCAUAUACAAAUAAAAAAUAUCACUUCCCUUUCUCUUAUUCUUCAUUCUAAAACUCAAUACCAUCUUUCUUUCAAUGGAUCAUCUCCCCAAAUGCAAAGCAAAUUAUGUCCCUCUUACCCCUUUGAAUUUCUUGAACAGAGCCGCUUCCGCUUAUGCCAACCGUACCUCUGUUAUUUAUGAGAGAACACGUUUCACUUGGAAACAAACGCAUGAACGUUGUCUCCGACUAGCUUCUUCUCUUCGCUCUCUCAACAUUGUCAAAAACAGUGUUGUGUCGGUUCUGGCUCCGAACAUUCCUGCCAUGUACGAGAUGCACUUUGCCGUGCCUAUGGCUGGAGCUGUUCUCAACACCAUCAACACAAGGCUGAACGCUAAGAACAUAGCCUCAAUUCUCCGUCACUCGGAGGCGAAAGUCUUCUUUGUAGACUGCCAAUUUGUGUCAUUGGCGAGCGAGGCUAUGAGAUUACUGAUAGGUGACUCCCAGGAGUCCACAUUCGUUGCAGCUGAAUCAUCAAUUCCUUUGGUGAUCGUCAUAGACGACAUAGACUCGCCCACCGGCGUCCGUCUUGGUGAGUUGGAGUAUGAACAACUGAUCCUGAAGGGAAAUCCAAUGUUUGUCCCAGAUGAAAUCCUAGAUGAAUGGGACCCAAUCACGUUGAAUUAUACAUCCGGAACAACAUCGGAGCCUAAAGGAGUUGUUUACAGCCAUAGAGGAGCUUAUUUGAGUACUCUGAGCUUAAUUUUGGGGUGGGAAAUGGGGAGUGAGCCGGUUUAUCUCUGGUCUCUCCCCAUGUUCCACUGUAAUGGCUGGACCUUCACGUGGGGCAUCGCCGCACGCGGUGGGACCAACGUUUGCCUCCGCAACACGACGGCGUACGAUAUGUACCGCAACAUUUCACUCCACAAAGUCACUCAUAUGUGCUGCGCACCCAUCAUUUUCAACAUUCUCCUCGAGGCCAAACCGCACGAGCGCCAGAAAAUCGUUUCUACAGUACAAACACUCACUGGAGGCGCACCCCCACCGGCCUCACUCUUAGAAAAAAUGGAACACCUCGGUUUCCACGUGACUCACGCUUAUGGGCUCACGGAAGCCACUGGUCCGGCACUGGUUUGCGAGUGGCAAUCCGAGUGGAACCAGUUGCCGCGCCACGAACAGGCAAAAAUCAAGGCACGUCAAGGGAUCAGCAUACUGACACUGGCGGAUGCGGACGUCAAAAACAUGAACACGAUGAGAAGCGUCCCGCGUGAUGGGAAAACGAUGGGGGAAAUAGUUUUAAGAGGAAGCAGUAUAAUGAAAGGUUACUUUAAAGACGAAAAGGCGACUUCGAAAGCGUUCGAUAAUGGAUGGUUUAAGACUGGAGAUGUUGGGGUUAUUCAUCCUGAUGGGUACAUGGAAAUAAAAGAUCGAUCAAAGGAUGUGAUAAUCUCAGGAGGAGAAAAUAUAAGCAGUGUUGAAGUUGAAAAUGUAUUAUACAGACAUCCAAAAGUGUUAGAGGCGGCAGUGGUGGCAAUGCCACAUAAACGUUGGGGGGAGAGUCCAUGUGCUUUUAUUGUGGCAAAAAACAACGGUUCAGAUGAGGACGUUAGAGAAGUAGAUAUCAUUGCUCAUUGCCGUAAAAAUUUAUCACAUUUUAUGGUACCCAAGAAGGUUGAGUUCUUGCCGGAAUUGCCUAGAAAUCCAACUGGGAAGGUUUUAAAGGAAAAAUUAAGGGCAAUUGCUAUCAACUUUGUUGUCAGUAAAGUGACCAGUGGUGAGAUUUCUUACGAUGCUCAGCCUCCACAGAUCCUUGCUUUAUCUCGGCUUUGAAUACUAGUGUUGUUUAAUUCUAAAUAAAAUAAACAUGUAUAUACACGUUAUUAAUUACUUGUCAUCGGCUUAUAAUAUAAUAUUUUAUUAUA